AGUCGCUAUACACAGCAUACACAGGCUUACAAGCAAACAAAUCGAUAGGCAUGUUUCCUCCACUUGAGCCAUCGGACGGGGUUAUAUAGUUACAGUGAUAGACUCAUCCGCACCAGCAAACUUCAGAAAAUGUGUACUCGUCGGAUAGCACUUCCGUACGGAGGGGCGCAUAACCCCUAUCGGGUGGCCUGGAUAAGAGAGCAAGCAUCGCUUUGUGAUGAGUUGGUUUAGUUCUAAAUGUGGCGCUCUGAAGUGGCUGAACCAUCCCUUUAUCAGUGUUUUAACGUCUCCGUAGAUUACGUUGAGGAUUACCGAUACUUCAAAUGGUGAUAGCCGAUAAUGAUGUCAUUUCGAGGCAGGGACAAUCAGCCGAUCGCCAUUCUGUUUGGUGACAAUCAGGCGUUCGGAGAUACCUCUUGCCUAGCUCCGGCCCCGUUUACCUUUUGGAAGUAACGCAAAUCUUACAUGUCCAUGAAAUUUCCACGUGAUUUCUAAUGGCGUCCCUAACAGGAAGUCCAAACAUCGUCUCCGUCAUGGCGGUAAUUUUGUACAUCAUGAUGGCGUGUGUAAUUGUGUCAAUCACAGCGGAAACAACUGAAAGGACACCAGAAAAGCUUUGUGAAUGUGAAAGAAAGCAGAUUCCAAGCUGUAAUUGUAGGAUGAAAAAUCUUACAAGCGUACCUCAGGAUUUACCGGUCGACAUCCGGGAACUGGAUUUGAGAAUGAACAACAUAUCUACUCUUCCUGACUAUGUCUUCAAAAGAUACCAGAACCUUGAAAACCUGCGUCUUACCAGUAAUGUUCUUGUGGAAAUGUCCGACAACGCUUUAUUUGGUCUUGGACGACUCAGAGAACUGUACUUGGAUGGGAACAAGCUGGAGAUUGUACCACUGGCCUUUCACACGCUAGAAAACCUCCAGUUGCUCCAUCUGGAUGCCAAUCACAUCAACCAAGUGCCUGCAGGCAGCUUUAGGAACUUUAGACGACUGAAGUCCCUGCAUAUAGAAGCCAACGCUCUUACGUCAUUUCCUGUGGAUGCGUUUCAAUAUUUGUCGGCUCUGGAAGCUUUAGAUUUGUCUGUGAACAAAAUCGAACGACUCCAAAAUUAUGCUUUCAGCAACAUGACAAAUUUGAUCUACUUACGAAUAGCUGAUAAUCUGCUGAAUGAGAUCGAGGACUAUGCAUUUCAAGGAUUAAAUGUACUCACCGAAUUACUACUCAACGGGAAUCACCUGAAACAUGUUCCACCAGCUUUUUCAGCUUUGCCUGACCUGGCAAUAAUACAGAUUGAGGACAACCAGAUAGAGUACAUUCCUGACCACGCCUUUGCCGGAAAUGACCGGGUUCACAUGCUUGUUCUCAAGGAUAAUCCUAUUGUGUCUUACGGAAAACUGGCUUUCAGUAACCUACCUUUGAAAAACCUACAAAUAUCGGAGGCACGGGAUAUGAGAGAAUUCCCCGACCUGUCUGGUGCAUCUGAUCUACAGACGUUGAAACUGGACAGAUCUGCUAUUACCGAGAUACCUGCUAACUUUUGUUGCUCCCAUCCCAAUAUACAGGAAUUAAAUGUGCAUUCCAACGACAUCAAAAAGAUUCCGGAUUUGAAAGAGUGUCGUAUGCUGAAAUUAGUAAAUUUAGGAAAUAAUGAUAUAUCAUCAUUAGAAGGAAAUGUCUUUGCCAAUCUGACCCAUCUGAAGGACCUCACCCUCACACGUAACGGUAUCACCUUCAUCCCCGAGAACGCAUUUUCUGGUCUAACUAACCUCGAGUAUCUAGAUCUCUCCAAAAACAACAUAGAAGAAAUACAUGACAAUGCUUUUAUAGACUUAGUCUCCUUGACAGAAUUAAACCUAAGUGAGAAUGAGUUUCCACGCCUGCCUAUCGAGGGCUUAAAUAAACUGGAAGUUCUAAAGACAUUCCACAAUACCAAUCUGCAGGAGGCUGUUCCCUCUGACAGACUACCAAAUAUCGAAAUUCUUGUUCUGUCAUAUGCCUAUCAUUGUUGCGACUUUAUAUAUGCUGGUAGAAAGGACGAACAAGAUACUAGACUGAGGGAGGAUGUCACGUGGUUAAAUGAUCCCUUAGAUAAUGCAACCUUCGUUGAAAACACAGAUGAUUACCGACCGCAUGAUCAUUACACGAUUUUUAUCGGACCCAAUGAUAUGGAUGACAUUACUGGUAAUCCCUCGGAUAUUGAUGCGUUUGACAGUAUGGAAGCCAUCAUUCACGUCAGAAAACCCGUGAACUGUACACCUUUGCCAGGUCCUUUCCUACCUUGUGAUGAUCUGUUUGGCUGGUGGUCACUUCGGUGUGGGGUGUGGAUGGUUUUCCUUCUAGCUGUUGCGGGGAAUGGUAUCGUUCUCUUCGUGUCGAUCAGCGGCAGAUCCAAAAUGGAGGUUCCAAGAUUCCUCAUAUGCAACUUGGCGUGUGCUGAUUUCUGCAUGGGCGUGUACCUUGGAAUGUUAGCAAUUGUAGACGCCUCAACCAUAGGAGAGUUCCAACAGUACGCUAUCCGCUGGCAGACGAGUCCUGGUUGUCUGGUUGCAGGCUUUCUUGGCGUGUUCUCUAGUGAGCUCAGUGUAUUUACAUUAACAGUAAUCACGGUGGAACGAUACUACGCCAUAUCACACGCUCUACAGUUCAACAAGCGACUUACACUUAAAUCUGCAGGGGUCGUAAUGACUGGAGGAUGGAUCUUCUGUAUAGCCGUUGCUAGUCUUCCGCUCUUUGAGAUCAGCGACUAUCGAAAAUUUGCUAUAUGUCUUCCUUUUGAAACAAGUGAAAGGGUCUCGUUGGCUUACGUCUGUUUCAUAAUGAUUUUUAACGCUGUGUCCUUCGUCGCUAUCAUAGCCUGCUACAUCAAAAUCUAUAUCUCUAUUUUGGGAUCACAAGCGUGGAACACAAAAGACUUUCGAGUCGCCAAGAGAAUGGCUAUUCUUAUCUUCACAGACUUCCUUUGCUGGUCGCCAAUCAUACUGUUUUCAGCGACUGCUGCUUUCGGGUCUGAACUCAUUAGCCUGAAUGAAGCCAAAGUCUUGACCAUAUUCGUCUUGCCGCUCAACAGUUGUGCUAAUCCAUUCUUGUAUGCAAUAUUCACUAAACAAUUCAAACGAGAUUGUGUCAAGUUAUGCAAACGGAUUGAAGAAUCAUCCAUAUCAAGAAGUCUUUCAAGUCUUAAUAGUCGUCGAGUGUCACUCGGCUGUGGAUCAUCGUGGCGCCAUUUACAGGUACAUAGCCCUAUGAGUACGGAGAAGAGAAGCAGCUGCAGUAAUUCUUACAGUGGUGUUAGUAGCCCGGAUGGACUUCUCAGCCCACAUGGUAUUGAUGGGAAAUACUUCCGGAAACAAUCUGGUGAUAGUCUUCUAGGUGGCAUGUCUGUAUCAAGCGAGGAAAAGGUCACGUCAACAGCAAGGCUCUUCGUUCGUCGUGAUUCGUCGCCUUGCAAAGAUGCGAUGGAAAACGUGGACGGAGAUCAGAAAAGGCGGCUUUCAGUCGGGUUAGCGGGAUCAGAAUCACAAAUCGUCAUUCAUUUUGACAGGAAAGAUAUGAAAAGUGGUUCAGAUGAUUCCACGCUAGGUGAUGAGCCUAGGGCUACAUAUAAAAAGCGGUAUACGAGACGUCGUGCCAGUGCUACUCGUGGGACGUCUGCUACAGGAGGGGAAGGUCUCGACAUAGAGACAGUUCUAGAAAGUGCUGGAGAAUGUGACCUGGAACAUUCCUUUCAAAAGGAAGAUAAAGCAAAAAAAGACAUAACUGCUCAAGAACUGUUUGCGAGAUAUCGCCUAAAUAAAGAAAAACUCAAGAACGCCGUUACGGAUUUUGAUACAGGAAAACUUCAGCAUGGUAAUUCGGCACCUAAUGUUCAAAGUUUUGAAACCAAACCAACUUUGCGGCUUCCCGUACAGAGUGAUUCUGAAGACAAAACAUCGCACAUCAAUGAAUGGAGAAAGUCAUCCCACUUAUCAUUUCUCUGGCGAAACUCGUUAGAUCUAGAAGGAAAUAUGCCUUCCUACAAAUCGAACAGCUUAAUCGAACUGCCGUGUUCACCAAAAGACUUCAGAUUAUCCCCGUGCAAACGUCGGAGUUUGUCAUCGCGUCAUGAGGGUUACAUACUGCUUAAAAAUAGCAACAGAGAUUCAGCUUACGAAGACGAAGACGAGAUGCUAGAAUACCAAGAAAGUAUUGCUCAAUCUGGAAAACAAUGCCGACAGCUCAGCUCAAUGCCCUACGCCAGUAACGCUCACGCGGACGAUCGGCAGUCUGGUGACGUCAGAGAAACUAAUAUGGACGAGAAACACAGUGUUAUGAGUCAGACUAGUCAAAACAGCAAAGAAAGUGGCAUCAGCUCAGAGACAUGUUGUCAUGACAAAAAGGAAAGUGUACAAACAACAGCGAGAAAGGUCAAAACGUAAAAAUGAAGUUUGGAGAACAAUAUAUUGAUUUUAUGUAAAACAACGACAUAUAUAUAUGUUCUAGACGAUUGCGUCCGAAAUGAUUGUGUACCACAUAAUCAUGAAUGGACAUAUUAAUAUUUGUUAAAGAUAUAAGUCUUCGUUUGGUGAGGAUGUGUACAAAAAUCGAACUCGUUUACUUUAUUUAAAUGUAAGCAAAACAUCUAUUUUGCAUGUGCCUUUUGUAGUUGAUGUGCUUUCUUUAGGAAAUGCUAAACUCUGGGUUCUUCUGUCAGCAGCUUCAUUGUCUUUCAUCAGCCAAAAUAUGAAAUGCAUUAAUACAAAAUAUACAAAGCUAAUACCACUGUCUAAUCCAUGGUGACAUAUUAACUAACAUGACAAUAGACCCGACUCCUUAGUAACUGUUCAAUACAUACGAGGAUUAACAAUUUUAUUCAUAAUAUUGACAUAGAAACACGGGAAAAUAAUUAUAUUCUCUCCAAUUAAAGAUUAGAAAACUGAUUUUUGUAACUUCAAUCGUUACCUUCAUGUCAUAAUGUUGAAUAUAUAAUAAAACGACUAUUAAGACAAUCAAGUAAGAAUAUUCUAUGCAUUUUCGCAGCCUGUCUAAAAUGGCUGUAAGCAGUUGAGGGUCCCAUGGUAAGGGAAGAAACUGAUGUAAAGACUUUUUUUCGAUGGUUUAGAUUUUGGCGACUUUCCCAAACGUUUGAAAAUAAGAACCCACUAUAAAUAACAACUUCUAAUAUACGUUCUAAAAAGAUAAAAA